AAAAAAGGUGAGAGUGAUGGGUGACUGUGAUUCUUCACAUGUGAAUUUUAGAGUUCGCUCCCCUCUUACUCUCUCUCUCUCUCUCUUUUCCUUAUUUUCUUUGUUUCUUUCCUCGUCAUGACGCAUGUAUUUGUUGAUGCCACUUUCAGUCGACUUACGUAUUGCGACCAUUGUCAAGGACUAUUAUGGGGUCUUGUAAAGCAAGGCAGUACUUGUACAGGUUGUGGUAUAGUAUGCCACCCGACCUGUGGAGACAAACUCCCACCAUGUACACACGAGCAACCUCAAAAGCCUAAUAGCAGCGAUUCACCAGCGACCAAAUCCUUACGUACUUUACAAGAACGUAGCGAAACCCCACCACCACCAGUGAGAAAACCCACGACCACAGCCGCCGAUUUUGAAAAGGUGAUUGUAUCUGCUGCGAUUCAUUCAAGCGAUCCCUCACAACCUGUGAAUGAAUAUUUAGCGAAUUUACCUCGUUUAAAUGCUCAAAAUACAGCGAAAAACUUUUCGAGAUUUGUGUCUCGAUGUGGACCCAUGUUUUCAGCGAGGGAUCAAUUAAUCCUGUUGUUGAGUUGGGAUAAACCGAUUGAUACAUCUGUGGCCUUACUGCUUUACUGCAUUCUCUGUCUUCAUCCAAAGUUAAUGUUACUGGUGCCACAUGCGAUCUUACUUCAGUUACUUAUCACAGGUUACAACAAACGUUUCAAGAAAGCAAAUGGACCUACCAGUAAUAGCCGAUUUAAGUUUUUCACGUCGUACGAUGAUGAAUCCUCUCCCGAGUAUCUCAGAAAUAUGCAAAACCUUCAAAAUAUGAUGGGAGAAUUAAGCGAUGUGUAUGAUUUGUGUGCGAGCCAUGCGCAUUACUUUGAUUGGAGCUCAGAGGAAUCUAUGCGCUUGUUUCAAGGUACGGUCUUGAGCUUGGUCUUGUUGUGUGUGGGCGUAUGGAUGAUCCCAUUGCAAUGGAUCGCUUUGGUAGGUGGCAUCAGUGUCUUUUUAUUAAACACAAGGUUUGCCAAAUUCGUCAUGAAGGAAAUGAUGCCGCAGGUCACAGAGAUGGGUCAAACACACAUGGAAACAGCUGUGAAAUGGUAUACCCAGGUGGAGAAAAAAUUGGAUGAUCAGGAGAAUCAAAGGGAAUUAUCACUGUAUGAAAAUCAACGUUGGUGGUCUGGUAGUGGAUUUAUUCCUCACAUGCUGUCGGAUGAACGCGGGUUAUGGUCAGAUAUUACGGGUGAUGUGGCCUAUGCUGCUAAAGAGGAAUUGCCAGCUCCUAAAGGAUAUCAUUGGAUUCAGGAUAAUUGGACAUUAGACACCACAGGUCCAUGGAUGGAUGACACGCUUGGUCUUGAAGUUAUGGUAUAUCCUGAAAGUGGAGGUUGGGUGUAUACAGAUACGCAUUGGUCAAAUCCUCGAAAAAGUGAAGAAGAAUCCGAAAAAAGUGUGACACGAAGAAGACGAUGGAUUCGACAAUGUGAAAUAGACAUGAAAUACAGCACUUAAAUAAAAAAAAAUAUAUUUUAUUCUUUCA